GGGAUCCUGACAACGGUGAGUGAGCGGCGGGACCUUUCGUUCCGUCCUGUCCCGGGACAGACCCCGAGCGGCCGUGUCACGGCGGGAGGCUCCGAGCCGCCGUGUCCUUGUCCGACUCUUGAAAUGUGAAGGUUUUGCACAGGAAACAUCACCUCCAGCUGAUAAUCCUUGAGGAUAAUGACAUUGGGUCUGACCUGCACAAUGGCAGUUUUCAAGCAAGAUAAUGUAGAGAAGUACUACGAGAUGGGUGAAGAGCUGGGGAGUGGUCAGUUUGCCAUUGUGAAGAAAUGCCGUGAGAAAAGCACCAAUAUUGAGUACGCGGCCAAGUUCAUCAAGAAGCGCCGCCUGUCUUCCAGUCGCCGAGGGGUGAGCCUUGAGGAAAUCGAGCGGGAAGUGAACAUUUUGAGGGAAAUCCAGCACCCAAACAUCAUCACUCUGCAUGAUAUAUUUGAGAACAAGACGGAUGUCAUUCUCAUCCUUGAGCUGGUGUCGGGAGGGGAGCUUUUUGAUUUCCUGGCUGAGAAAGAAUCAUUGACUGAGGAGGAGGCAACUGAAUUUCUUAAACAGAUUUUGGAUGGCGUGCACUACCUACACUCGAAGAAGAUUGCUCAUUUUGAUCUAAAGCCUGAGAAUAUUAUGCUUCUGGACAAAAACGUUCCCAAUCCCCGCAUCAAGCUGAUCGAUUUUGGUAUUGCACAUAAAAUUGAGGAUGGCAAUGAAUUUAAAAACAUCUUUGGAACCCCUGAGUUUGUUGCUCCUGAAAUAGUCAAUUAUGAACCUUUGGCUUUAGAAGCAGACAUGUGGAGCAUUGGCGUUAUCACUUACAUUCUUUUGAGUGGUGCUUCUCCAUUCCUCGGUGAAACCAAACAAGAAACCCUGACAAACAUUUCUGCUGUGAACUACGACUUUGAUGAAGAGUAUUUCAGUAACACUAGUGAACUGGCGAAGGACUUCAUCCGCAGGCUUCUGGUGAAAGACCCCAAAAAAAGAAUGACCAUCGGUGAUAGUCUUGAGCAUCCAUGGAUUAAGGUGAUCAAGAGAAGGAAUGUGAGACGGGAAGAUAAUGGCAAGAAGCCAGAACGUCGUAGACUGAAGACAACGCGGCUCAAGGAGUACACAAUCAAAUCUCAUUCCAGCAUGCCUCCAAACAACACCUAUGUCAACUUUGAGAGAUUCUCUAAAGUCCUAGAAGAAAUCACUGCAGUAGAAGAAAGCAUUCAGGAGCUGGUGAGAAACAAGAAGUCCUUCAAGGAGGACAUUGAUGCCCUUGUUUCCAUUUACGAUGAAAAGGAAUCGUGGUAUAAAGAAGAGAAUGAAAGCAUCAGCCAGGACCUCGGGCACAUUAAAAAUGAGUUGCGCAAAACAGAAACCCUGAGGAAGCAGGCACACGAUGAAGUCAAAUCGACCAUGCUGUCCACCAACAUCCUGAAGCGGAAAUAUACUAAACUAGAAAACCGAUACGAUGCAUUAACUGCAGAACUGAAGUGGGUUGAGGAACUCCUGAAGUCCGUAGAGCAGGAGGGAAUGCAAGGAGGGAUUGGUAACGAUGGCCGGCACGGAGGAAUGCGCUAGGUGCCAUUCCAAUGGGGAAAAUGUGAACCUCCUGAGCCAGUCUGUUAUCUGGAACUCUUGCCAAAUUGGAAGUUGGCUACAGCCACAGUUCACAAACCCGAGUGUUUUCAGACUGAUUUGAUCUUUAUUUCUAGUCCUCAAGGGUUUAUUGAUAAAUGUAAAUGAAAUUUCACCUUGAAUCUCAUGAGGAUAUAGACCUGUCAGUGGAUUCUCGAUCACAAGCUGCGCAUGCUGCUAUUGGCAUUGCCUUUGCUACACGUGUAGUUGUUUACCUCCCAGUGGGCCCCAUUCAUUUCCCAUCACUAUUGGCCAUCAUAACUCUAGAGGACAUGGCCAUGCUUUAUUUCAGCACCUCUAUAUUGGGGAUGGCAGGGAGGGCAUUGAUUUGUUCAGAAAGGUGUUCUCCUGUUUUGGACAAAAUUCAAGCUCCCACCCACCCAUCCCUCCCCCAAAAACAAAAUCACCCUUUACCCUUGUACUGGGGUUAUGGAACAAAUCUUGUAGCAAAAAAAUCUAAGGAAAAUGUUAGUCUUCCCCACUUUUCUUUUUACUGCUAGAAUUAUUUGAAUCUUUUGAAGGGAAUAUGGUUGUGUCUAUCAAGAGCUAAUCUAAGUGGGUGAUUGGGUUGCUGUCAGGUCUGAGUCUUGUGAUGAGAUUGUUAUAAUCAGUCUAAGAUGGUUACAUAUGAAACCAGAUGAGAGAAUUUCCUACUUGCAUGAGUUGACAUUCACUGGAGAAAAAGCAAUCUUCAGGAAAAGACUAGAUGUAUGAUUUGCAUCAAUGAUUACAGUAGUGUUUAGUGAAACUAAAGACCAACUUCGUUUGGUUUUCGAGGAGAAUUCCCUUGUUUUACACACUGGCUUUUGCUUCACUGCUUCAAUAGGGAGAGUAAAUCUUUCAUAAUUCUCACUUAUUGCUAACUCCGGCAGAUUGAUGUAUCCUGGAUAUGAGAGGAUAGCACAGAUGUGUGAAUUGAAAUUUAAAUUCUCUGAGCACCCUGACUUCAUCUCUGCAGUGAAGAGAUGGUGAGUGUUGGGGUGAAUCUCAUGCUGCUUCUGUCUUAAACUGCAAGUUCGGGUCCAAUUCUCAGGAGUCCAAUGGGCAGCACUCUCACAUUUCCUUUGAGACAAUCUGACAUUGGGUUUAUUUAGCUGGCAUGGACCACUUUUGUUGCCUAUAGGUAGAUCUACUGAAUCUGAUUUGGGUGCUAUGACAUUGACAUAAUUAGUAUUCGGGAAGAAUGAGAUGAAAUGGGUCUUUAUUUAAAUCUAACUUGUGAAAUGAUUUGUUAAUUGCUACACAAAGGCAUCAUAUAUGUUAAAUGUUUACAUGGUUAUGAACAAUCUCCAGUUUGGGUAGCAGAGUUGAUGUUUCAUGUGUCUGGGAACAGGCCAACUACCUUUCUGCUAGCAGAAGUCCUGUGGCAGAACUGGCAAUGGUGUGGCACCAGACUCAAAUGGAGCCAAACUGCCCCAUAGUGGUAUUUUGAACUGUUACAUGUCAAAACAGUGUGGAUGCCUGAUUUCAAGUUUAAAGGGCCCUCAUUUGUUCUGUAAAAUCAGCAUUCCACAAGUUGUUGAACCUGACUCUACCUCCCGCAAAAUGACUGCUGAGGUCUCUAAACAAUUUCAACAGUCCCCUUUUUAUUUAAGUCUGUUAGAACAUUGUAUCUUCUAAUAAAGCAUCCGUUGCUUAUUUGCAUAUUUCUUGUUCCUGACAUGUACGUUGUGGAGUUCCCCAAAACCUCACAUGAUCUCAUUCAAUUGUUGCACCAGCCCCUCAUUCCUUAAACUUCCCCUCCCAUCUGCCAAACCAGGUAAAUGCAAAUACAUCUUCAGGAUACAAAUAUAAUGCAAGCGUCAUUAGUUGAGUAGAGUGUUGUCCCUCCUGUGUGAAAGGGACGGCCCCCAAAUAUAAACUUUUUUCCACCAGGUCAGUUUGUAGUGCAGUUUUUACUAAACAGUUUGAAGGUUGUAGGAAAGAAUUACCUGUAAGUGGCUGAGAUUUCAAUGUGCCAUGCACUAGAAGGACCACUGCAGUCAGUGUACUGUAUUCAUUUUUCUAAAACUGCUGCAAGUAACAUUGGCUGUGGCUCCCUUCCCCUCUCCUAUGAUCCCUUGUAAUAUUCGUGGCUAAAGUAUAUCACUGGGUUUUUUGCAUUCCUAUUUUUGUACAGCAAUAUUGUCUUACACUCAAUACUGCAUUAACUUUAUUUCCUUUUGAGCUUUACUAUAAGCAAGUUAAAUCUUUAUUUAUAAUUUGUGAUGUAAAGAACUCCAAUGUAGUGAAGUGAAACUUUCUUUUGAUCUAGUCCUAAUGUUUAAAUGUCCAGUUUGCACAUUAAUUAGUGCAUUACAUUCCAUGCAAUAAUAAACUUAAAAAAUUUCAAAGCAUUUGAAGUUAGGAAAUUAGUUUUGUUAAUGGGUUUAAUUUGUGGAGAAGAAUAUCCAGAGGCAUCAACUAUUCCUGGACUGUGAGUAAAAGGCACUUGGAUGCCAAACUGUGGAAAUGGUAAAAUGUUCCUUGAGUAAUCGACUAUACUCUGUGGUGAUAGGUCCAUUUUGAUCAUGUGAUUUUGUUUUUUCUUCAUUGAGCAGAUUUUGUAUUGCAACACUCCCUUUAGUCCAGUUGUGUUCAGGAGUGAUCUGCAUUGUUACUGAUGUCACCUUGGCCUGGUCAUUUUGCCUUGAUCAAUACAGAGGGCAAACACUUCAUUAACUGUAGAUUCUGGUAUAUGGUCAAAAUGUCUGGGUUUGCUUUUCCCUAUCCUAGAAUAUAUUUAGCAAAAUAUUAACUGAGCUAAAUCAUUGUACAUUCCACAUGCAAACCAAUUUUUUCAGACUUGAAUCUUGAUGGUUGUGGACAACAUGAAUAUGAAGUUAUUCCAGAUGUGUAUUGUAUGCAUAUUGAGUCUUGGUGUCAUGUGCCACACAUUGCAAAGUCCAUGUUUAUUCAGCUGAGCACUAAAUGCACCUUCUAAAUGUUUUGCUUAUUUACCCAUUGACCAUACCAGUUUUUAAUCCAUUAUGUAUUUCUGGAAAACAUCAAAAAUAUGGUCUUGACAGCACAGCUCAACAUGGGUACAUCUUAAACUCUGUUAAUGUGGGUUAAAGUGCCAACUGUCCAGUAUUGGAGAAAUAGGAACAUUAAAAUGAGUGUUUGGUCUUGGAAAAGAGCAUCGAGAUUUUGCACCUCCCACUCCCAACCCUGCACUCAGCCAGAGAGAAUGGAAGUUUACUAAAUUGAUUUCUGAUGUGUGGAGUUAACCACCCUUGUAGUUAGCAUCAACACCCUUUGUCAAGGAGAGAAAUCUGGGCACCCUCCAACUAUCUAGCAACUCCCCUGAUUACACUCAUUUGGACAUUAGUGAUGUUGCUUCCCUGCAGUCAAACAGCCUGCCCACUGGGCUCAAACCUGUUGAAUAGCUAAGCUGUUUUUGCCUGCAUUCGGUGCUAGGCUUUCAGGAGAGAAGGGCAAAAUCCUACUUGGAUGAUGACAACAUACUGAGAUACUACCUCUGACAAAAACUUCCUGUGAUGCUGCAAUCUUGCAUCUUUUUUUUGUAUUGUUUCAUCUAAAAUCCAAUCUAAUCUUUUUAUGUUUGAGCUGGCAGUACACAGGCCAGUGUCUUGCUGUGUUUAGACUAUUGAUAUCAGUUGAUCCUGAAGACUAGGGAUUAAAGUUAAUUUGUGGAAAAUGAGUUGCAAUUGGCCUACCCUGGUGCUUUGAAUAAGAAAGUAUUGUCACUGGAAUAUUAACUAGAUUUCCGUGGAUCCUGUACUGUCCCCACCAUGACAGAAACAUAACCUUAUCUGUGGAGACUUGCUAUGCACAAAUUGGCUACUGCAUUUUCUACAUUACAACAGUGACUAACCUUAGUUACCCUCAGAUUUCUGAUCUAUUGAUUAUCCCAUAUAAUCCAACCUUUCUGUUGCACAAUGUGCCAUUGUGCAACAGAUCUUGACAUUUUCUGCAGGUACAGCAAGUCUUGUUCUGGGUUAAUGUUUCAACUAUCCCAGGUCACGUGAAACGAUAUGGUCAAUCCAAGCAAGUGAUCAGUUGUGAGUUUCAGGAUAUAGUCUCGCUCAGUGUCAAGUGUAUUCUGUAACCAGUCCAGUUGUUUAUCCUGUUCCAAUUUAAACCAAUGUUUUGGUACAACAAAAGGAAUACUCUGGAAUUGACUUUCAAACCAGCACUUGAUAGGUUGAAAGCAUAGCACAUGUUUUUGAGGAACACAUGAUACACAUUUGCACAAUUAAAAAAAAGUGGGCAUGUUUUACACCCAAUUAGCCUUGGAGAAUUUAUCUGUAAAUUAGCACUCAUAAUUAAACUAUUUCACAUGCACUGAGCUGAGAGCCCAAGACUUACAAAACAGCAAAAUAAUAGCCCUUUUCUGGGCUGUAAGUGCUGUUUGAUCCAUCAGGUUUUUGGUGUUUAUACUGCAAGUUGUCCAGCUUUUGCUUUCAUUGAACCUUAUCAACAUGUCCUGUUCCUGUCCUAUUCAGCUUCCUUUUUAAAUGGACAUUCAUGGUCUCGACCACUGUGCAGUUGUUCCACUGAACUUUCAGUGCAAAUGAAUUUAACUUUUAAAUUGUAUUUGUGUGUUGGUGGGGGGAGGGGGGGGAGAGUGGGAAAGGAUCAUUUGAGGAAAAUAUUUAAAAACAUUUGCCUAUAUGUAUCUGCUUCAGAGAGGAGAGGUUAAAACUUUUGGCUGCACCCAAGAGGUUCUCCAAUUUAAGCCUUUUUCAGUGGGUGCAGGGCCCCACUUUGGGGUGAGUAGUUACCUGCCCUGUGUUUGGAUGCUUGUUGCUAGCUGGUAUCCUCACCUGACCACUUGGUUCCUGUUUAUUACUGUUAAGGUGCAACUAAACUCAUCAGUAUUAUUUCAAUGAGCACUUGAGUUCUAUAGGAGAAACAAUAUGUUUUUAAUGAUUUAAGGUUUAACAAUUGUUUAAAGCAAAUGGGACAUUGAUGAAAAGAUGCCAUAUUUUAUGGGGGGAGGUGGGAGAGAGAUUAAGGUCCAUCUAUUAUUUAUCGCGUAUUUAGUGUUCACCUUAAUAUUGUGGGUCCACUGUUUUCUAAUACAUUUGGUGAUCAUCUGUGAUACUCUCACUAUCAUGUGUAUGAUGCAUGUAUUUAAAACCACAUCUAAUAUUUUCCUUUUGUAAACUUUGAGCAUUAGUUGCUAUUUGUAUGCUUCACACACAAAUAUCUUAAAGUGCUAUUAACAAAGUAUUUUAUAACCAUACUGUUUAAGGUGAUCAAGGCCUGUUUCUUUAACAUUUAUAAUAAACUUUU